AUCUCUGCUUGGAGUCACUCAUCUCGAGAAUGGAAAGUUACAAUGACAGCUGGGGAAUUAAUAGAGGAUGUUUUGAUUGGAAGUGGUUUUGUUGCAGUUAUCACUUCGUAUCAUUGUUUCCGUAUUUUCUCGUUUGCCGGGACACAAAGAAUGGUUGUGUCGUUUCCGGGUAUAAUUUGUGUUUUGGCCACUGCUUGUGCGAGCAGCGAUGAAUUAGCUAUAGCAGUGUAUAGCGGUGGAUAUUUUUAUGAAAAUGAGUCUGAUUCGGCUCAGUAUGAAGUGAUAGUUCAUGUAUACGAAAUUAAUAAUCGCAGUUGGUUUAAAAAAGAUUCGUUGGAGGAGACCUUUCAUUUACCUCUCGGGCGUGCAGCCAGUUUAGUUUGGUUGGGGUUUACGAAGGCUGGUGUUCUGUUCAUUGCUUUGUCAUUUUUUUGGCUACUGAUUAUUCCUAACAUAAUUUAUCUUUUGGAUUGUUUGCGACUGCUAACACGGAAUAAAAUGUGGAUGCCCAUAUAUGAUUUUUCUGGAGUAGUUAAGUCAAAGUCUGACGGUAUCUGGCCCAUUGGCAUUGUGGAACGGCCAGACCCGGAAAUUCGUUACAUACACUGCAAGGGGACCACAUAUCCCUUGGUUCCGAGUCGUCCUGUCCCGCUGAUGGUGAAAUGGCAAAUACCGCUGUGCAAUCCAUUGUUUCAGGAUCUCGCUGCGAGACACGCAAAGGACGUUAUUCGUCUCUUUGCAUUGUCAUGUAAGGCAGAUCGUGAAUGCCGGGCGUCAGAAUUUGCUUGGUUAGCUCCCUCGGAACAUGUCUUGCAGUCUCUCUGUAAUUUCGCUGCUAAGACGCGUCACACUCUAUUGUCAGAAAAGGUAAGGUGUUGA